GGCCCGGGCCCUCACUUCCGCCGCACUUCCGCUUCACUUCCGGCGCCGGGGGAGGCCGGGCGCCAUGGCGGUGGCGAUGGACGGCGCCUUUCCGCGCUCCCCGCGGGGCGCCCUGAAGCUGGCCCGCGCGCUGCUGGCGGCCGUGGCCUUCUGCUGCUUCGUGGGCUCCCGCUCGCCCGGCGCCUACGGCGCGCUGGCCCUGGCCGAGGCGGUCAUCGCGGCGCUCUUCUUCCUGCUGUACUGGCUGCGGCUGGACCGGCGGCUGGGCGGGCUGCGCUGGGCACUGGCUGACGUUUUCAACUCGGUGGUUGCCGCCUUGUUCCUCCUCGUCGUGUGCUUGUUUGCAGUGAUCAUCAAGAGCAACAAUGGGACGCUGGCUGGAGGAGUGUUUGGUCUUGUAUUGUUUGUUCUCUGUGUUGUCGACGCAGUUGUUGUUUUCCAGAAGAUUAGCCUUGAUGGAACAAGAGGAAGGAAUACUCCUGCCAAAUAAGAUUACCAUUUUGGUAAAAGAGCGAUUUCUCUGCUGAUGACUGCUUUACUCAUUUUUAUUAAAGAAUUUGUAUUUUCAUGGGUUCACUUUAGUUUCCCUGGGCAUUUAUGUACUGUUUCACAAGUACUGGUCCUAACUUCUCUUACAGUAAUAAAUGUAGUUUCAGUGUUGAAAUUUCACUAGUACAAGCUUCACAGAAAAUGGUCCUGUUUUUUGAAACUUGAUUGAAUUUUUACCUGUAUGAAAACUAAUUUCUCGAUUGUUCUCUGUAAUAAAAAGAAAAUGCGAAUGGG